AUGGUCUUCAGCUUGAAAAUAAAGCUGCCUAAGAAAAUACUCCGACGUUAUCCGGCUUAUGAGCUCUAUCUCUACGGGGAAGGAAGUUACGCGGAAGAAAACAGAAAUCUGGUGUUAACUGGGAUUCCAGUCCUCUUCCUUCCGGGCAACGCUGGCAGUUACAAGCAAGUACGUUCUCUUGGGUCGAUUGCACUCAGGAAGGCAGAAGACCUCGAUUUCAAGCACCAUUUUGAUGUCUUCAGCGUUAACUUCAACGAGGAGCUUGUGGCCCUCUAUGGGGGAAGUCUGCAGAGGCAGACCAGAUUUGUGCACGAGUGUAUCAAAGUAAUUCUUAAAUUGUAUAAGGGCCAAGGCUCUGCGCCGUCCAGUGUUGCCAUUGUGGGCCACUCCAUGGGCGGUCUGGUUGCCCGAGCACUUCUGACUCUUAAAAACUUCAAGGCGGAGCUCAUCAAUGUCCUUGUUACUCAAGCCACGCCUCAUAUCGCACCUGUGAUGCCUUUAGACCAAUAUCUGACUGAUUUUUACACAGCUGUGAACCAUCACUGGAAUCUCAAGGCUCAGGACAGAGCGAAUCUAACCACGCUCUCCGUGGCGGGAGGAUUUCGAGAUUAUCAAGUCCGUUCAGGACUGGCUUUGUUGCCCAGAUCAAGCCGACAAGACAGUGCCUUGUCUGUUGUGAGCUCAGAAGUUCCUCGAGUCUGGGCUUCAACGGACCACCUUUCCAUAGUUUGGUGUAAAGAGUUGAUCUUGGCUACCGUCAGAGCCUUUUUCGACCUGAUUGAUGAAAACACUAAGCAGAUAACUCAAGAUCCUCAAAAGAGAAUGCUAGUCCUGGAACAUCACUUCCUGAAGCACCCAGCAAAAUUCUUCGAAGAAAAGCCCGAACCGUUUGCUGAACUAGCAGGAGCCUUAAUAUGGAUCCUGAUAGAAACUUCAAAAUGGUCUUAUACAGCACACAACGAAUCUGAUGGAAAAUAUUUUACCUUCCCCCUCUCAAAUCACAGAAAAUCCUACAGUCACGUUCACUGUCAAAACAGUAUGUUGGACACAAAUAGCUGGGUGUACGGCUGUACGGACGGUUCCUCGCCUAUGUGUCUGCACGGUGUCGACCUAUCUUGGAAGGCUGAAUUACUACCAACGGUUAAGACUGUGACUCUGAAACUGCAAGACUAUCCUUCUUUGACUCAUCUUGUACUGCAUGUACCAGCUGUCAAUAGUAAUAAGUUUACUGUGGACUGUGAGUUCUUUGAUGAAGUCUCCAGAACGGUGGAACUCCCCGUGACCCAUCUCUUUUCUUUUGGGCUCUCUUCAAGCAAAAUUGUAUUAAAUUCAACUGGCCUUAUUCACAAUGUUCAGCUCCAACACUUUGGUCAGAUAUACCAAGCUUUUACACUUAAUGUAGAGAGCCACUGCCAGUCACUCAAAGAAAGAAAACCUAGUGUAUACCGACUUCAUAUUCCGUGGUCACAUGAGGACUCCUUAACUUUGUCCCAGGUCCCAUCUACGACUGAGAUCCCUGCAAAACUGCACGUCGCCCGACCUGAAAACGACACGGCAGUUCCAGUGUUGAAUAUUUAUUCAUCUCCGGAUUGUCAAUACGAAGUAACCAUCAGGACCUCUUUUCUGCAAGUUCUUGGCCAGGUAAUAAGGUUCCAUGGUGGCACCCUUCCUGUAUACAUUAUUUCUAAUAUUCUUCUUGCCUAUGGAAGACAAUUAAAGUCCCUAAUCUCAACAGGCCACUGUUCAGAUUUUGUCCUGGCCCUUACAAAAGCAUCCCGGCCCUAUAAAGUCGAACCUCUCGUGAAUUUUCUCAAGUUCUUGUUGGGGCUUAACUGGUUCAAAGGACUCUGGGAUGCGUUAUCCUUGCCGGAGGCGGACGUCGUUCCCCUGAGCAAGCAGAAUGUGUGGUUUCCUUUCGUAUCCCUGAUCCUCUUCAUGUUUGGAAGUGGCAUUGCCUACUGGGGUGGCGUUCUCUCCGAUUCGUCCAUAAAGCUCUUGUCCUCCUUGUGGGUAGCUCUAACCAGAUUUUCUGGAUCUCCUGCAGAUGACAAGCUGAUUACGCGAAGAAGGUUGUGUGUCGCUGCUUUCAUGAUUUUCCUCGGUUGGACCACAUGCGGGGCGUUGGCCAUAGUAAUUACGUACUUUCAUUAUAUCUUCAAGGUUAUCAAGCUACAUUCCAGUUUAAGAACAGAACUAAGUGUCCUUAAUAUGCACUCGGAGCGGACGUCUGAGAAUUCCCAUAAAGAAACGGGGAAGAGCUGUGGAUUGGCGGACGGCGUUUCAGAAGCCGCGGAACCGCCCGCCCGCAACGCUGCCGCCGACAGAACUGCCGAUAGCCUCAAGAUGCAUGUCACAAUCCUCAACCUGCUCACGUGGAUUGUCCUGCUCAGUUGUCCAUCGUUAAUUUACUGGUUAAAAAAUCUCAGGUACCACAUUAAACUUGAUCCCGAUCCAUGUAGAACGGUUUCUUUUAUCCUCGUAACCGUGGUGGGGAUAAUCAUGAAUGCAAAUGUUACAAAGAUUAAAUCAAGUAAACUGUUGAAGAUCGCCGUGUACGUUCCCCUUCCCUUAUCUGUCGCUGUCGUGGCCUUCGCACCGAUGCAUUUAUACAGAGUAUCACACUUUGUGAUCAUUCCCCUCUCUCUUCAUGCGUUAUGCUGUAUCGUAUGAAACGUCAGUUAACCAAAGUGCUCGACCCCUCCGACGAAAGGCAGACGGGUUGGAAGGAGAUGGCGAUCCUCAGAUUGGCGCGAGGGCGACACGAAGGGCACCUGCCAUCAACGGCAGCAGCGAGGACAAUUUUGGGGUGACGCAGGAUGGGGAAUUCUUUCUGGUGGCAAUCCUUUGCUUUGGGAAACGUCGCGUUUGGCACUUCAUGGUGCAUUUCAGUCUUUUAAAGGGUUCUGUGGAACUCCGGGUUUCAGUAGGUGCGGUUAGUUUCUUAACCCGACGCUGGUGAGGUCUUGGUAACUGGUUUUGUUGGUGUUGAGAGAGUUGCCGUGUGGGGUUUUUCAGUGUUUUUUAACAAAAAUGUUUGUGAACUUUGUAUCUCAAACGUUCUUCUGUUCUGAGACAAAGCAGGUGCAGUCGGCUGCAGACGGGAAGCAAACGGUGUCCCAAAGUUGACUAGCCAACGAGACAAUCGAAACGUUCUUAUCUCGCAGUAGGCGGCUGUUAUAGCUUUGUCCUUCCUGAGAGGUAUACCGAGCCAUAGCGCUGCCUCUGGACGGUUGUCGGUGACAAAUCAAGAGCUUAUAUCAGAGUCAGCACAUUUGCUGGAUCAUCGAAAACGGUGGUGACCCAGGGGGUGUUCAGUGUCAUAUCAUUGAGUCAGUGUGCCAGUGGACGGGAAUGGUCUUUGCACCGUCACUCUGAAUGCUGGUAAAUGCAGACACCCAGGGCAGAUUCUCAGGUUCCUGUACACAGAGAUUCACUUUGGUAUGCACCGAAGCAUUUAGAAAUGAAGAUGCAUAAUUACUUGAAUUGGGAAUCCAGUGUCCACGCAAAUUUUCUGAUACCUGUAUCAGUCAAUACCCAAAAUACAUACUUGUGCAGCUUACGUGGAUGUCAACAUUUGAAUAACGUUGAAAAAACCCUUCUGGUUACGGUCGAUAACAGAGUGUCCAGGAGCACGUCCAGAAUACAAACUUUUUUCCUUUAAGGGCAAUGAAAUCCCAUGCCAAGCAAGUAAUCUCGCCUGUCUGUAGAUCCCACGCCUCCCUCCCAGUUGAGACACACAUCAGACAGACAGAGAGAUCGGUGUAAUCUCUUCCUCCUCUUCAGCGGUCUCGUUCUGCAAAAGCAGAGGUGCAACCCGUGAGACAGAUGAAUCAUGAAACCCCGCUUUGCCCCAGCAGAAAAAAAAUCUAAAACCUCGGGCCGGUCACACACGCUCAGCCGAGCCUACCUUGCAGA